UUGAAGUGCUAAUGCAUACAUUAAUGCAGUACUCAAGAUUAUUUGCAUUGAUAACGGCACCACCGACCGUUGCAUCACAUUAGCCCAACGCCUCUAAUUUGCAGCGUGUAAAAUGGUGUUGUUUAGUUUUUCAAAGGCCGUCUAACGUAUAACUGCGAAAGAUAUAACAAAAAAUACAUACAAACAUUAUGCCAGUGCUUAAGUGGGGCAUCGCCGCAGCGACUCGCAUAACGCACGACUUCGUCAACGCCUUGUCCACCAUCGAGGACAGCCAGCAUACCGUGUUGGCUGUGGCUGAUGUGGAAAUGGCACGUGCGCGUGAGUUCGCCACACGUCACGAAAUACCAAAGUGCUAUGAUGGCUUCGACGCUUUGUCACUGGACACGGACGUCGAUGUGGUCUUUGUGGGCACAUUGAAUGCCUAUCGCUAUCGUGUGGUGCGCCUAAUGUUGGAGCGCGCCAAGCAUGUGUUGUGUGAGAAACCGUUAUGUUUGAGUGUGCCACAAGCCGAAGAGCUCUAUCGUGUGGCAAAGGAGCGCAAUGUGUUCCUGAUGGAAGGCAUGUGGUCGCGCUGUUUUCCCAGCUAUGCACGCCUCCAUGAACUGCUGCAGUCCGAUUGUAUUGGCGAGAUAACACACAUACAAGUGCAGCACGGCUGUCAAGCGUAUGUGGAGCGCUCACUGGGCAGUUCCAUCACGCUAGAACUUGGCUUGUAUGCGCUGCAAUUGGGACAGCUCAUCUACGGCUGUCCGCCGCUGCAUGUUAAGUGCAAUGCUCAGCUAAAUAAUGUCGGUGUCGAUGUGGAAUGUGAAUUCAUUUUGGAUUAUGGUCAAAAUCGCAAACUGGCUGCUUGCAUUUCCGGUUUGGAGAACUUGGAAAACUGUGCCAAGUUGUUGGGCAGCAAGGGUGAAAUCAAGCUCAACAACUACUGGUGCUUAACAUCGUUAGCGAAACCCAAUAAUGUCAACGAAAAUUGGCCAUUGCCCAGCGCAAAAUAUGAAUUCAACCACACAAACGCCUGUGGCCUGCGCUACGAGGCCGAAGAAGUGCGCAGAUGCAUAGAGAAACGCCUACUCGAGUGUCCUUUAUAUACGCAUGCGCAAAGUCUCGAGUUGCUACAAAUCGCCGAGGAGAUGCGCAGACAAAUCGGUGUCAAGUAUGAUGAUAUUGUUUGUUUGAGUUUGUAAGUGAAAGUGCUUUGAAAUUAGUUUUUGAGAUUUUUUGCUCACAAUUCUCGCCGAUAAUUGAUUUUAGUUCUGUGUUAGCUUUUCGUGAAUCUCAUUACAUAAAUAUAUAAGUAGAUGUUGUUGUAGUAAAUAUAUACACACUGAGUAGCUAGAUAAAGUGCUUUGUUUGCUCUUGUUGCUCUUGAAAUUGUUGUUGUACCUAUUAACGUUUACCGUUAUACGUACACGCUUUUUGUAGUAACUUCGAUUAUUUAACGCUAAUAUUUAGUAACUUUUAAGAUUUUGUAUGCUUUUUAUUUUAUUAUUAUUUAAGUUUUUGUUUAAUUUUGAUUCUCCAAAGACUUAGUUUAACUACGUAAAUGACUAAUUGUUAUCGGUAAUCGUUUGCUACAUAAUCCUAGUUAGUUUUUAAUUAUAUAUUUACACAGCUUAUAGUGUAUGUAUUUAUGUAUUUUUGUAGUUGCGUUGAUUUGAAAUUAUUUUUUGUAAAAAGUAGCCAAUUUCGUAAAGUAAAAACAAAUUUUUUAAAGUGUAUUUUAUUUGCUUUUAUUGGUAAUUGUUUCCCACUUCUUUUGGGAUUUACCUUUAUGUGUGUUGGUGUGUAUAUACAAAUUGCUGUUUGUCUGUGUGCCUAUAUGAAUCAUUUUCAAGUUCACAGGUGUGUCCUUACGGUAUUUUUUCGCUUUAAAUACAGCUUGCUUAGCACAAUUUAAAGACUUUAGUAUUUACUUUAGCAUGUGUGUGUGGGGUUUUUAAAGAUUUAAAUAAAAAAAUAUUGAUUUAUACAAAUAAUUGUUGAGCAAAUAAUAAUUUGAAUUAAUUUUUUUUUUUAAUUUAAUUUGUAGGGUAGAAGAUAAUAUACAUAUAUACAUAUAAAUGCAUAUAAUAACAGUAAAAACACCAAAAUAAAAUAAUUUCACAUUCAAUCAACAGUCUGCAAAGUUUAAUGAUAAUAUAAAUAUGUAUGUUAGAGUGCUUCAAAAAAAUUUUUAAUUUUUUUUUUCAACUCUUACCCCCUCAAAUGUUAGUGAUUGACAAACAAAAAAUCCUCCCUCAAGCCAGGAGCUGUAGCUUAACUCUAAGGGGUCGCUAUUUUUUUAUUUAAAUUUAUGUUUUCUUUUAUAAUUUGUUUAUAUCCGAUUU